UCCAGUAGGGCACCACAAGAGCUCUUUGUCCACACACGGAGACAGACGCAAGUUGGGCUAUAAUCAUGUUUUUGUCGUGCUUGGAAAACUAGACGCUUUUGUACAAAUUAUACUGACGGCCAGCGUUACUGUUGCGGGACACAGUGAACGCACCGCAUCUUAACUGAGAUCCGUUUGUUGUCUUGACCGGUGAUGCCUGCUAGCGUCGAUGUUAGCAGCCAGCCUGUUCGUGUAAAUGCUGUUGCCUAGAAUGGACCUGUUGAACUCUCAGUACCUGGACAAGAUGAACAACAACAUCGGGAGACUGCACUACGGAGAUGAGUCCAGGACACCCUCGCUGCCCUCUGCUAUAUCAAGCAUAAGCGGGCCGCCUCCUCUCUGUCCAAGCAAACGGAAGUACGGUGAUGAACAAACAACGAAGGAUCCGAUGAAUUGUGAUGAUGACCACAUGACCAAAAUGAGCAGACUUUUUGCAACUCACCUGGCUCGUCCCUCUGCUGGAGACAACCGCAAUGAACACUGGAGCCUGUGCCACAGUCCUGCAGAGCACAUCAGCUCUUCCUCCAAUGGUCUCCAUGGGAACCAUCUGUAUGCUUCCAUUUCUGGCUAUGCUGUGGACCAGCCGCUGGCUCUGAGCAAAAGCAGCCUUGACAACGCAGUUGGGGGCAGGGAGAGGUCCACUGCCAGUGCAGCUGUUGAGCGGCAGCAGAAUCGGCCCUCUGUUAUCAUCUGUGCUCCUGCAAGCAACCGCAAUUGUCAACUCUCUCACUGCCACAUGAAUGGCUGCUCUCCAAGCUCAACCUCUGAUGAGAGAAAGAUUUGCGAUCCCGUGAUUGAAGAACACUUCCGCCGUAGCCUGGGAAAAAACUACAAAGCAGAAGAACCUGUGACCAACCCGGCGUCCAACUCCGUCUCAAUCACGGGCUCAGUGGAUGACCACUUUGCCAAGGCGCUGGGAGACGCCUGGAUCCAGAUCAAGGCCAAAGGUGGGGGUCACCAGACCCCUGAAGCAGAUCCAUGAAGAGGUGAGAAAAAAAAGGUUCCAAUUACUAGUAUCAAAUCUCUGGAGCCAGGAACAAUAUAAGACAAGGUUUUUGUCUUACUGAGUCUAAACUCCAAUCCCUUGCCUUACAAAUUAAACGCAAAAAAAUGACUCCAGUGUUAAGUAAGUAAUUAUCAAUGGAUUGAUUUGUUUUGUCUUGCUAAUAAGACAGGCAGAAUGAACAAGAAACAAUUGUCACCUUUUUUCAGAGCUGUUUGUUUACCUGCCUUUGUAGCCAAAGAAACUUCAACUUGCCUUUCAGCGUGCAAGCCGUACAUGCUUUUACGGCUAAAUGCCUUCAGAUUUAAAUCCACACCACUUUUGCUUCUGUAUUACUUGAAGAUACACUCCCUGUCUCAUUUGCAGUGUUACAUUUUGAGUGGUUUUCAAAACAGUUUGUGAUUCGGAACCCAAUAGUCCAAUUGAGACCCCCCCACCUUUGCUUUCCUAAUACACUAGGACAAUCCAUCCUACGCCCUUGAACUGGACUCCACUCCACUGUUAAAUAAUUGUAGUGAAUUGCUCUAUGACGUAAUCUAAUCCUAAUCGAUAUCUGUAACUCAAAAGCAUGUUUCAAAUAGCUGGAUUCUAUCACAAACCUUGCUCAGAAUUUAUUUUUUAUCUAACAUUGUAGAAAAUACUCACUGCUGGUACAGUUGUACUCUAUAUAUUUUUUUGGAUCUGUUUCACAUUAUGGUGGGAGGUGUGCACGUUGGCAUCUUCUUGAAAGGGCAGCCUCUGGAAAGGUUGUCUGAAUGCCGUUAGCUAGGCAACGUCGCUUCAUUACUCCGCGUAGCCAGAUGCUACACCUUCGCAUGUGACUGAAAGCUGCUGUUGGUGUUGACUCUAUUUCAUCUGGGCAUAUUGGUUUGUUGAAUUUUCCUAGAAAAGCUCAUUCUCAAUUUAUUUGAAGCCCAUCUCCAAUUACCAGAAAUUAAAUUGAAGAGGCCUGUAAUUAACACAAUUUGGCAACGGAGCAGAGGAAAUUGUUGCCCCCUACUGUCAGUAACAUACUAUUAGAUUUUUUCAGAGACAAAACUGACUAAAACUGAGUCAUUGUUUGACUAAUGAGUCAAGGUAUAGACUUUAAGUUUUUGUUUUAAUAGUUUGUUUUAAAAAAAAAAUAAAAAUCAUUUGGCAUGAUCACAGUAGCUUAAUGUUUGUCAACAUUUAUUGACAGGGGAUUAUGAAUUUUAUAGAUAAGAUUUUAUACAUAAAAAAAAUAUAUAUCCUGUAAUAUUCAGAUAAUCCCCAUACCUUUGUAUUAAUCAACGUUUUUGGAGCUGUUACACUCUUGUUUAUAUUUUACUGUACUCUUACAUGACCAUCAUUGCGCAGAGCGGAAUGAUCAUGUGUAUUUUGUUUCUAUUGUGUGAGGCAUAUUCAUAUGUAGCAUGGAAGUUCCCUAUUGUCUUACCAUGCCUUUCAUCUUUUGUAUCGCUUGAUAACUAUCCCCACAGUUUUGAGAUGAUGAACGUGCAGGGAGGGACACAUCGUUUUUUUGCAUAAAGAGCUUGGCAAAGUGUCAGAUGUCUGCGAGACUAGUUAAGAGUCUAGAGUGGGCUGGAGGGGAGGGAAGGGGUUUCACCGAUUUGACUUGUUUGACACAAGCAGAUUUUUAACUCAUAUUUGGGGUAUCAGCCCAUUGUUAUUUAAUUUCGUUAUUUAGACAGACUGUACCCAAGUACCCGACUCGUGUAUCUUCACAUAGAUGAGGAAAUAAGAUGCAUUUGUCUACUUGGGUUCAUAUUUCUCUGGAAGAAAAUACCACUGUUUUAUAAUGAUUGUCUUCCAAAUAAACGUAAAAACUCAA